UCCUCUGCAGGCCUCUCCUCGCAGAUUCGGCAGAUUAUAUUGCAUCGAUCAGCUGUGUUGUAAUUACAGCUGCGCGGAGCCGUCCAGCCGACAGAAGAAAUACAUUCAUCCGAAUAACGGGGCUACAUCUGCAAAAAUGUCUCCUCAGGCAGAGUUUGAGAAGAUGGCAGAGGAUGUGAAGAAGGUGAAGACGAGGCCUACGGACCAGGAGCUGCUGGACCUGUAUGGCCUUUAUAAGCAGGCAAUCGUAGGAGACAUUAACAGCGAUAGACCAGUGAUGGACUUGAAAGGAAAAGCCAAGUGGGACGCCUGGAAUUCCAGGAAAGGAAUGUCAAAGGACAGUGCCAUGUCAGCGUACAUCACACUUGCAAAGGAAGUCAUCAGUAAAUAUGGCUUGUAAGGCUUGCAAUGAACUAAAGAGAGAGAAUUAAUGCAAUAAUGACAACAGUCUACUAACUCAACAACUAAAACAAUGCUGCUGUGUCUAUAACAAGUAGCCUUUUGCUUUCAGAGGCC